ACCUUCUGUAAUCUGUGGUUAGGACGGAAUUGCCAGAUUACAAUUAAAAACUACAAAAAAUUUAAAGCUAAAUAAAAUAAACGUUUAGUUUAAAGGCAAGGCAAGUGCAAAAAAACAAUUGCGGAUUUGAAAUAUUUUUGAAACUUAUGCGUUUUGCUACCAUAAAUCGAAGUGUGUUUAUUGUAAAUACGAUUUCAUACCAUUCGUACACCACUUGAAUCUGUUAUGGAAUCUGUGUAUUUAUCUGUCAUUGAAAGGUCACCUUGAUAAGCCUUGGUGAAGUUCACAGGAUUCAAAUAGUUCAAAUUGAAGAUUCACGUAGCGUACUUACUGGGAUAUUUUGACACCGCGAAACUUUCAGCCUUACCAUGGAUGUAAAUGGUACACAGAGGUUUAUCGAGCGGGGCUCGCAUAAAGGGAAGGGUUUGGCAGUAUUAACCAGUGGUGGCGACUCCCAAGGAAUGAAUGCCGCAGUGCGGUCUGUAGUGCGCAUGGGUAUCUAUUUAGGAUGUAAAGUUUAUUUUAUACGCGAAGGAUACCAAGGCAUGGUAGAUGGAGGAGACAAUAUUGAAGAGGCAAACUGGUCGUCUGUGAGCACUAUUAUCCACAAAGGAGGUACAAUCAUUGGGUCUGCGCGCUGUAUGGAUUUCAUGACUAAGGAGGGCCGUUUAAAAGCUGCUUACAACUUAGUUACCCGUGGAAUAACUAACUUGGUGGUCAUUGGUGGUGAUGGCUCUCUCACUGGUGCUAACCUAUUUCGCCAAGAAUGGUCAAACUUGCUUGAUGAGCUUCUUGCAAAUAACAAGAUCACCCAAGACCAAAGAGAGAAAUACAAGCAUUUGCAUAUUGCUGGAAUGGUGGGUUCCAUUGAUAAUGACUUCUGUGGUACAGAUAUGACUAUAGGCACAGAUUCUGCUCUGCAUCGCAUCAUUGAAGCUAUUGAUGCCAUUGUAAGCACAGCAUACUCUCACCAGCGUACUUUCAUUAUGGAGGUCAUGGGCAGGCAUUGUGGUUUUCUUGCAGUUUUCACAGCCCUAAGUACAGAUGCCACUUAUUGUUUUAUUUGCGAAGACCCAGCGCCACCCAAUUGGGAACAAAAAUUGUGUUCAAAAAUAAAAGAGGAAAGGAAAUCUGGACAGCGUCUCAACAUUAUCAUCGUAGCGGAAGGCGCGAUAGACCGCGAAGGUAAGCCGAUCACCGCCGAACUCGUGAAGAAGGUGGUGGUCGACAAUCUUCAUCAAGACACACGCAUCACCGUGCUCGGUCAUGUGCAACGAGGUGGAUCACCUUCCGCAUUCGAUAGAAUUCUGGGUUGUCGUAUGGGUGCCGAAGCUGUGAUGGCUCUAAUGGAAGCCACUCCUGACACGGAGCCGUGUGUUGUAACACUGGACGGCAACCAAGCUGUGAGGCUUCCCCUUAUGGAGUGCGUGCGACGCACAAAGGCUGUCGCUCAGGCUAUGGCGGAUAAGAAUUGGGAUUUGGCUGUACAACUGCGCGGGCGCAGUUUUGCCCGCAACUUGGAGACUUACAAAAUGUUGACGCGGCUAAAGCCUCCCAAGGAAGCCUUCGAUGCGGCCGGAAAACCAUCUGAAGGCUACACACUGGCGUUAAUGCACGUGGGCGCGCCCGCGUGCGGCAUGAACGCGGCGGUGCGCUCUUUCGUGCGUAACUGCAUCUACCGCGGCGACACCGUGCUCGGCAUCCAUGACGGCAUCGAAGGCCUCAUCAGCGGGAACAUCGUUAAGAUGGACUGGUCUGACGUCACUGGCUGGGUGGCCCAGGGGGGAGCUUUCCUUGGCACAAAACGUACUCUGCCCGGAGACAAGAAGCCGGAGAUAGCGGCCCGUAUCAAGCAGUUCCAUAUUCAGGGAUUGCUUAUUAUUGGAGGAUUUGAGGCAUAUCAAGCGGGCUUAGAACUCUACGAGUCCCGCUCCCAGUACCCCGAGUUCUGUAUACCACUGGUGGUGAUCCCAUCCACGAUCAGUAACAACGUGCCCGGCACUGACUUCUCGCUCGGCGCCGACACCUCCCUCAACGAAAUCACCGAGAUCUGCGACCGCAUUCGCCAGUCUGCACAGGGCACUAAACGUCGUGUCUUCGUCAUUGAAACCAUGGGUGGUUACUGCGGCUAUUUGGCUACCCUGGCAGGUUUGGCUGGGGGUGCCGACGCAGCUUACAUAUACGAGGAGAAAUUCUCAAUCAAAGAUUUACAACAAGACGUUUACCAUAUGGCGUCAAAAAUGACUGGUGGUAUUCAGCGCGGUCUCAUAUUGCGUAACGAGAAGGCCAACGACAACUACAAUACAGAGUUCAUCUAUCGUCUCUAUUCUGAAGAAGGCAAGGGGUUGUUCACGGCCAGGAUGAAUGUACUCGGGCAUAUGCAACAAGGUGGUUCUCCCACACCUUUUGAUCGCAACAUGGGAACAAAAAUGGCGGCUAAAUGCCUCCGUUGGUUAGUGGAAGCAUUGCAAAAGGGACCCGCCGAUACUCCGGACACCGCCUGCCUACUGGGCAUCGUCAAACGCCAAUACAAGUUUACCCCACUAGAAGACCUGAAGGCCCAAACUAAUUUCGCUCAGAGAAUACCGAAACAUCAGUGGUGGAUGAAACUGCGUCCGUUACUUCGUAUUCUUGCUAAACAUGACUCCACCUACGAGGAAGAAGGAAUGUACAUGACUGUCGAACAAGGCGAGAUCGACUCUGAAUGUGUCAUUUAAACUCUCUACCUUCAUAGCUUUUUUUGCUUUGAUUUUAAAGAAAUUGAAUAUAUUAAUUUUUAAGCUACAAGAUAAAUGAUUCUCACUCAGCGGUGUGUUAUCAGGACAGUCCAUUUUAGGUUCUAAAUUUUCAUAAUAUCUCAUAAAGACCUUUUCAUAGUAUAUGUACUUAUGUGUAUGUCUCUAUGGUCAAUCAUUAAGAAACCGAACUACUACAUUUAUCUUGUAGAUUUAUAACCCACAGGCUCUUUAUAAAGACACCUGUUAGUGGAUAAAAGAUUCUAAAAUGUUGCAUUUUAGAAGUAGAUAAUUAGUAGUAUUAAAUUGUGUAGUAGUUAUCGUAAAUUGUUCUAUAGAAAUAUACAGAUUAAUUUAGUUAUUAGUUCACAAAAAUAUUGCUGUGGCACAGAAAGACAUAUAUGUGCGGAAUUAAAUAAAAAUCAUUAUUUAUACUAACGUAACCUUAGAUGUACUUUUAAAAUUAUAUGUGAAUUAGGAGCCACAGUCCCAGUGUUAAUGAAAUUGAAUUCUAAUUUACAGUUAUAACAAUUUUUGAUAUUUUUUUACACUUUUUUGUUAAAGUUAUUAGGGGAAAGUAUAAGAACUUAACGGCUGUGUUUGUUGUUUCUAGAUCAAUUUAUUUAUUUUAUUUUUGAUUCAUGUUUUACUUUGGUAAAUAAAUGUGUAAGCAAUAAGUGUUUUAUCCUUCCGGAGUAUAAAUAACUAACUGAUUUAUAAAUUAUUUAGCUAUUGUUAAAUUUUAUCACUGCUUAACUUUGUGUCUAUGAAUAUAGGAUUUUGAAUUUUUAUAUUUUAAGUUUACUAACAGUAUUUUGAAAGUUUGUGAAAUUAUUUAAAAUUUGAGGAAAUUAUAAAUGUUCUGACAUUAUGCUAUAUUUAUAGCAGAUUAUUUAAAUUAUAAUUAAUAAAAUGAAUACAAACUGGC